AUGGGUUGGUUGGGUGUGGGUUGGGGGGUGGGGGUGUGGGGUUGGGUGGUUGGGUGUAUGUUGGGUUGGGGGUGGGGGGAUGGGGUGGGGUUUGGGGGGAUUGGGGUAGUGUGGGUGGGUGUGUGGGGGUUGUGGGGGGUGGUGGUUGGGUGGGUGGGGGUGGGUAUUUUUAUGUUGGGUAUAGGGUGGGGGUGUGUGGGGGGGAAGGUAUUAUUGUGGUGGGUGGUUGGUGUUUGGGUGUUGUUUAGUAGGAGGGGUUGGAGGGGGUGUUGGUUAGGGGGGGGGGGUGGGGUGGAUGUGGGGGGGUUUAUGGGUGUGGGAUUGAAUGUGAUGGGGGUGAGGUUGGGGUGGGUGGUGUAUGUUGGGGGGGGGGUAGUGUUUGAGGGGGAGGGGUUGGGGUUGGGGUUGGUGGUGGUGGUGGGUGGGGGUGGGGUGGGUGGUUGGGUGUUGUGUUGGGUUUGUUGGUGGGGGGGUUGGGGUUUGUGUGGGGGGGGGUGGGGGGGGGGGGGGGGUGGGGGGGUGGUGUGGGUUGGUGUGGGAGUGUGUGGGUGGUGGGGGGGUGUGUUGGUUGUUGUUUUGGUGUUGUUGUGGGUUGUGGUUUGGGUUGGUUGGGUGUGGUGGGGUGGUGGGGGGGGGGGUGGUGGGGGUGUGGGGGUGGGUUUUGGAUUGGGUGUUUGUUGGGUUGUGGGGGGGUGUUUGUUUUUUUGGGGGGGGGUGGGUUGUUGUGGGGGGUGUGGGGGUUUGUGGUGUUGUGGGGGAGGGGGGGUGGUGGGGGGGGUGGGUGAGGGUGGUGGUUGUGGGGGGGGGGUGGGGUGGUUGGGGGGGGGUGGGGUGGUGGUGUGUUUGGUGGGUGGUGGUGGGGGGGGGGUGUUGGGGGGGGGUGGGGGGGGGGGGGGGGGGGUGUGGGGGGGGGGGGGGGGGGGGGGGGGGGGUUGGGUGUUGGGGGUGGUGGUGGGGGGAGGGUUGGUUGGGGGGUGGGUGUUUGGGGGGUGGUGUGGGGUGUUUGGGGGGGGUGGGUGGGGUUGUGGUUUGGUUGGGUGGGUGGGAUGGUGGUGGGUGGGAGUGGGGGGUGGGGGGGGGGGUUGGUUGGUGUGGGGUGGGUUGUUGGAUGGGUGGGGUGGGGGGGGGGGGGGGGUGGGGGGUGGGUAUGGGGGGUAG